AUGAGCUACUGUUCUCUGUCUCUACUCCUGGGUUCUCUGUUCAUCAUUGGGACUUCCUCUUAUCCUAAUGGUUCCUGUGAUGGCUACACGGCUCUGGAUGAGCCUCGACGUAACUAUCUCUUCAGCUCUUCCUCUCUCCCCGGCUACCCCAUCAAUACCGACAUACAGCGAACAAACAUAUGGGUGCGCUACGUCGGGAUCGGAGGGGACACCGUCAUUCCACAAUGUGCUCCACUCUAUUACAGCGGGGUAUAUUAUCCCAUCCAUCUGACCUUUACACAUCCUCAGUCUGAGUCUGAGACUCCAACUACGGGCAAUGCGUGUGGAAACACAGGUUCCUGCUGUAAUUACAAUGUAGCUAUUCAAGUGAUCUACUGCUCUUCUGGAGGAUUCUAUGUGUACAGGCAGAUGAACAACCAUCCAAUCAACUACAUGGGUUAUGUGACAUACCAUAGGAACUGUGUGGUAGACUCCUGCGGUCCCCUUGCAGAGUGUAGUACAACCAAAAAUGGAGGCUGUCAAUGUGUCUCUGGAUACAAGAUACCUCCAAAACAUCUACCCACAAACGAAUCCUACGGUUGCCAAGAUAUCAAUGAGUGUGAGGAGACCGCUAAUCUCUGCGGUCCACAUUCCAACUGUACUAAUUCACCAGGAGUCUACAACUGUAGCUGUCUAGAGGGGUUUGUACCCUCAGACCCAGCCUUGGCACUCAACCCGACCCGCAACCCCUGCACAGAUGUGAAUGAGUGUGUGGAGAUUGAGAAGGUUUGUGGUGGUUUUGGUAAAUGUACAAACACACCAGGAAAUUACACCUGCACCUGUUACAAUGGAUACAAGCCUGACGGACCCUUCGACUGCCAAGAUAUUGACGAGUGUUUCAACUCAACCAUCUGUGGUCAGGAGUCUGUCUGUAUCAACACACCAGGAGCCCACAACUGUACCUGUCUCCCAGGCUUCUCACCCACAAACCCAGUCCUAGACCCCAGCAAGGCCAACCCCUGUAUAGACAUUGAUGAGUGUCUGAACAAAUCCGUGUGUGGUCCCGAUGCCAACUGUACCAACUCUUAUGCAGCACACAGCUGUACCUGCCUCUUCGGUUACCUGCUCACCAACCCAGAUGCCAUAGCCAGCCCCUUAAACCCAUGCCUAGACAUAGAUGAGUGUGCUAACACCCCUGGUCUAUGUGGUCUCCACUCUGUGUGUACCAAUGCACCAGGCACCUUCCACUGUUCCUGUGUGGAAGGAUACUUCUCCUCCACUGGAGUACUGUGGGAAACUGACGUCACUGUGUGUGAAAGUGUUGAUGAUGUUCUAGCCGCCAUAGUUCCCCCAGAGGGCCAGUCUAAGGAGAUGUACUUCCUCAACCAGAUGAACCAACAGCUGAUGGAGAACCCUGACAUAGUCCUACCAGAGGGGUCAGUGACAAACAGCCUCUCGACAGCCCUGAAGGUGUCAGGAGCGGGAACCAUCUCAGCGCAGCAGGCCAGUACAGGCCAGGGGUGGAGUGGAGCUGGAAAGGAUGGUGGGGAGUCUGGCAGUGUGGUCCUGAAGAUCUCAGUGCUCCUGGUGAAUGCCUUAGUGGACCCUUCUCAGGGCCGGGUCAACAAAACCAUACACACACCUGAGCUGGACAUUAGUCUGCAGGUAAUGGAGGCCAACAGUACAGACACCUCUUCCCUCUCAGCCAGGGGAAACACCAUGGACAUCAACCUAAAGGCUCUGGCCAGAAACAAUAAUGGUACAGCAUCAGCAGUAUUCCUGACAGUCAGUGGGAUGGAGAGCCUUCUGGGUGCUAGCUUCUUGCAGACAGAAAACCACACAGAGAUGUUGUCUGAUGUCAUCACCGCCACACUGCCCAAGAUCAACCACACCCAGCUCUCUGAGCCUGUCAACUUUACCAUGAGCCACAAGAGGAGGUUGGCUGAGGCUGGCCUGAUGACCUGUGUGUACUGGGAAGACAGAGGAAUGGAAUAUGAGAAUGGAACCAAGGGGAGGCAUUGGUCAGUGAACGGCUGUUGGGUUGUGUUCUCUGAUGAGAACUACACAGUGUGUAGCUGCUCUCACCUCUCCACCUUUGCCCUCAUCAUGCAGACAGGGGAGACUGUGUCGGAGGACAAUCCCUUCCUAGAGUGGGUGAACAGAAUGUGUGUGAUCGUGGGCCUGGUCUUCUUUGCUCUGGCCAUCCUCACCUUCCUGCUGUGUAGCUGGAACCCUAAGAUCAACAACACAGCCCGCCUCCACCUCUGCCUCUGCCUCUUCCUGUCCCAUCUGCUGCUGCUAUUGGAUUACACCUACCUCACUCACAAGCUGGUGUGCUCCAUCAUGGCAGGUCUCCUCCACUUCCUGGUAGUGGCCAGUUUCCUGUGGAUGCUGCUGGAGGCGCUCCAGCUCUACCUGCUGGUCCAGAGACUCUCUAGGAUCCAGGUCAUCCAGAGGGAAGGCCUCCAGAAGAAAUACCUCUUCCUGAUUGGAUAUGGCAUCCCCCUGGUGAUCGUGGGUGUGUCUGCAGCUGUGAAACGUGACGGCUAUGGGGGAUCUAAAGUAUGCUGGCUGAAGCCAGAACAAUACUUUACCUGGGCUGUGUUAGGGCCAGUGUGUACUGUCCUAGCAGUGAGUGGAUCUACAUGCACUCACCUGAACUGGAUAUUGUUCUGCGUUACAAUCUGGAGUUUGAGACCUACCUUGGCUAACAUGAAGAGUGAUGUCUCACAGUCCAAAGACACCAGACUGAUCAUCUUUAAGAUCCUGGCACAGUUUGUGAUCCUGGGUUGUACCUGGGUGCUGGGCUUGUUCCAGUCCACCAUGGUCUUCAAGUACCUCUUCAUCGUGCUCAACUCCCAGCAGGGCACCUUCCUCUACAUCGUUCACUGUCUCUUCAACAAGGAGGUACGUGAUGAGUACAGGAAGUGGCUGGGCUGUUCUUCCAGCUCCUCUACUCCAGACUCUAUGAAAGAAGCACCUUCCGUCUCUGAAGACCUGGACAAGGCUGGUGAAGAGAGACAAAACAAAGGAACACGGCCAGGAUGAGAGCAACAUGAUACGAUACCAUCAGACCUUCAAAGCAUUUCAACACAGUGGGCCUCCACGGGAUAUCUUUCAAUGCACACUGUACACACUAAGUAUGAGAGAGAGAGAGAGGUGUGUUUAUAUGGAUGUUAAUGACUCAGAAAACACAGCCUGACCUUUUGUAUUUACUAAUAUUUCCUUUAUCGACAUAAAACAAUGUUUUAUUAGCCUGCAAAUGUAUUUAUAGAAUUUCAUAUUUAUAAAUUAUAUACACAGUAGUUACAGCAUAUUUACCUGUGUGCAAAAUAAACAAAUGAAAAUGUGUAGGUUGCAGUUGUUUAUAUAUAAAUAAAUAACUGCGUCUCUACCUG